AUGGCCGCUCUCCGCUCCUCUUCACGGCUCGUGAACAGCCUCCGGGGGGCAGUUUCACCCGUCUGGAAGCGCGGCUUCGCCUCCGUCGACCCCAUCAGCAGCUUCAGCGAAGCAACCUCCAAAAGCGCGCCCGUAGUCCCCGAAUCCAAGACCUCGACCAUCAAAGAGCCGGCCCCCGAGAAAGACUCCAAGAUCAAGACCUUCCACAUCUACCGCUGGAACCCCGACGAGCCGACCCAGAAGCCGCGGAUGCAGUCCUACACGCUCGACCUGAACAAGACGGGCCCCAUGAUGCUGGACGCGCUGAUCCGGAUCAAGAACGAGGUGGACCCGACGCUGACGUUCCGGCGGAGCUGCCGGGAGGGCAUCUGCGGGUCGUGCGCGAUGAACAUCGACGGGGUCAACACACUGGCUUGUCUGUGUCGCAUCCCGACGGACACGAAGACGGCGUCGAGGAUCUACCCGCUGCCGCAUACAUAUGUGGUCAAGGAUCUCGUGCCGGAUCUCACGCAGUUCUACAAGCAGUAUCGCUCGAUUAAGCCGUAUCUGCAGAGAAAGACCCCGCCGGCGGAUGGCCGCGAAUACCGCCAAUCAAAAGCCGAGCGUAAGAAGCUCGACGGUCUCUAUGAAUGCAUCCUGUGCGCGUGCUGCAGCACCUCGUGCCCGUCCUACUGGUGGAACAGCGAAGAGUACCUCGGUCCCGCAGUGCUGCUGCAGUCGUACCGCUGGAUCGCGGAUUCCCGCGACGAGAAGAAGGCUGAGCGCCAGGACGCUCUCAACAACAGCAUGAGUCUGUAUCGCUGCCACACUAUUUUGAACUGCUCGAGGACGUGUCCGAAGGGGCUGAAUCCGGCGCUGGCGAUUGCGGAGAUCAAGAAGAGUAUGGCGUUUACUUGA